AUGAUUUCAAAAAUAACGAAAAGAGAUGAUAAUACAUAUUACAUAAUACUAAAUUAUAAAGUAAUUGAAUUAAUUAACUAUAAAAUAAAGUCUAUAAACAAAGUAAAAUUAGAUGAAUUAAACGAAACUGAAGAUAAAUUAAAUGAAAUAAAAGUAAAUGAUAAAGUUUAUUUUAUAAAGAAUAAGCACUUAACUGAUAAUAAAGGCUUUUUAUAUAAAAUAUCUAAGAAGUAUUUUAUUAAAAAAUCUCAAAUUUAUUAUUUAGUUGAGAAUAGUACAAUUAAGUGUUAUGAUUUGUUAACUAAUACAGAUAGUGUUAUACUUAAAGAUAAAAACAUAAGUUUAUUUAAUGAUAAGUGUUAUGUUAAAAAGAAUAAGAUUAUUUUUUAUGAUGGAAGUAAGUAUAUUGAUUGGAGUGAUAGAAAGAUACUAGCAUUACUUGAUUAUAAAAGUAAUCUCAUAACAGUUACAAAUAGGAGUGUAUCUUUAAUAUCAACAUAUUCAGAUGAAAAAAUGUUUUUAUUUUCUAUAUUAGGAAAAUACAAACAUUCUCAGAUUGUUGAUAAUAUACUUUUUGUUAUAACAAAUUGUUUUAUUUAUACCUUCAAUUUAGUUGAUAAUAACACUCUUAAUACAAUAUUUAUACUUAACAUACAUAGUUUAGGUUCUGAAGUUAAGUUAAAUAAGCUAGUUAAAGAUAAAGAUUUUCUUGAAUAUCAAAAUGAAAACAGAGACAGUUUAAAUCAAUUAGAGAAUGUUUUAACUGAACAUAUUUUUAUAAAGAAUGAUAAUGAGAGUGAAAUAGUAAAUGUAUUUACAUAUGAAAACAUAAUAUUUUAUUAUUAUAACAAUUCAUUAUAUUCUUAUUAUGUAUUGCCAUCUAAAAGUUCAAUAGUAUCUAAAUUGAUUGUAAAAAAUGAUAAGUUAAUUAGAAUUGUUAAAUCAAAAAUAUUCGUUUAUGAUCUUUAUUUAAAUACUAUAAAGAGUAAUAAAACUUAUAACUGUACUUCUACAAAUUUGGAAAAAUUAGAAUAUAAGUUUAGAGAAAAUGAAUUAUUAAUUUCCAAAGAAGGAAAUGAUUACAAAAUCAACAACAUAGGAUUGUUAGAAAAAAUAAACUAA